AUGUACCAGUACGACGUUGUGGUGAUUGGUCUGGGUGGCGUUGGAUCGUUUGCACUUCGAGCUCUUGCCAAGGACUUUGGGAAACAGGGCAAGAAGAUUCUCGGAUUGGAACGCUUCCAUCGGCUCCACGAAAAGGGCUCCUCGCAUGGAGAAACAAGAAUCUUUCGUCGAGCCUACUUUGAAGAUGCUGGAUACAUUCCCUGGAUUGACUUUUCCAUUCGAGAAUUUGAACGUUUGGGGCAAGAAAGCGGUGUGGAACUCCUGAACAAGUGUGGCAACUUGAUUCUACAAGAUAGGCCCACCGAAGAUGGAACCAAGCACCGAAACAACUACCUGCAGUUGGCAUGGGACGCAGCCAAGGAACAUGACAUUCCAGUCGAAUUCUUGGAGAAUGAAGAUCUUCGAAAACGGUUUCCACAGUUCCAUUAUCACGCAAAAGGACCAGAAUUGAUUGGGUUGCUGGAACCAGGUGGCGGAUUUGUCAGGCCAGAGCUCGCCAUAGAAGAAGCUUUACAGCAAGCAGAAAGAGAAGAGGGAUGUGAAAUUUGGGAAGAAGCCAAAGUUGUGUCCUUACAAGAGCGGGAGCAAUCCACUGUAUCAAACCCCAGCGUUGAAAUCGUGGUGGAACGGAGUUGCAACGACGAACAAAUGACUAUUGCGGCCAACAAAGUUCUGAUUGCUGCCGGGGCCUGGGCAUCCCAGCUCAUUCCCUCUUGGGCAAACCAUUUGACUGUCACUCGACAAGUUCAAGGAUGGAUUGAUAUAUCCGGCUCUGACAAUCCCGACUUGUAUCAACCAGACCAACUUCCAACAUGGAUACUCUCCACCAGCAAUUGGAGAUUACCAUUCUUUGGUAUCCCUGUGGCUGAUGCAGACAAGCAGUUUACCAAAGUUGGAAUCCACAAUUAUUCCGACAAGAUCGAGGAUCCUACCCACAAUCCUGCAACAAUCACCGAACCAGAAAGAGCCGAGUAUCAACAUGGCGUCGAGGUUGCACUGCAUGGUACCGCUUGGAACAACCAAGCCGAAACUCUAUCCAAGAAUAUUCAGGUCAAAACUUGCAUGUACACCAUGACGGAGGAUGGGAACUUUUUGAUUGGAGUACCUGAUGAAUUCAACAAUGUCUACGCCAUUGCAGGUCUUUCUGGACAUGGCUUCAAAAUGACACCAGCCUUGGGACAAAUGUUGGCAGACUUUGCUCUCAUUGGAGAGGAAGCGCUCAAUGCAAAGUGGAAACCCAGUUUCUGCCAUCCUAGUAGAUUUGACACUACAAAAAGCAGCUACAAAGUAGAACCUACUAGCUAA